UCUCUUUACAUUCUGGUUAUCCCGCUACACCUGGAGCUGAGUGAUAAAGCACCACGCGAAGAAGAUGUCGAAAAUGCUCAAAAGCAAUUGAAAGGGUCUGCUGUAAGAACACAUCAUACCAUUCUGGAAUUGGUACAUUUUUGGUUGAUGUCAGUCUACACCUAUGCAGUACCAGAUUCUCACCAUGAACCAAAGGUCUUGUUAAUAGGAACAUUUGCCGGUGAUGAGGGCCCUGAAAUCAUUGGGGAAAAGGUCAAGGACAAAUUCCAAGAACUGAAGAAACAGUUAGGAUCUAAACCCUAUUGGAAGCAAGUUCUCUUUCCCAUGUGUGGGAUUGACAAUCGAUUUUCUCAAGGGUCUGAAGUGAAUAAAAUUCAAGAUCGCAUUGAUGGACUCGUAAAGGACUCGGCAUACAUGAAAGUUCUGAUGCCAAUUAAAUGGAGAACAUUUUUAACUGAAAUAGAGGACAGUGAUCGAAACACUCUGACAGUGACAGAGGCACACUCAACAAUGAAAACUUUGGGAAUCAACCACCUCAAAGAAGUGUAUGCCAUUCUAAAGUUCUACCAUGACAUAGGACACCUCAUAUAUCAUGAGGGAUGUGAGCUUAUUGUACUUAAGCCACAGUUUCUGAACAGCAUCGUCAGUAAUAUCAUAACAGUCAUGGAUGACAAGACAAUGGAGGAGGGCCUAGCCAAAUAUUGGAGAGAUCUCAUGGAAAAGGGUAUCCUUAGUAUAGAAUUGAUCGAAGCUGUCUGGGAGCAACAUAAAGGAGACCAUGAUCAGCUUGAUGACAUUAUCGAGAUGAUGAUCACGUUCGAUCUGAUCUGUGAAAUACCCGAUAGGCCUGAUGGGAGAGGGUUCUUCGUUCCCUGUCGUUCCUCUCCUAUGCUUGAUGACAAGGAAUGUCAUGGCAAAGACGAUGAAGUCAAAUUUACCAUUGACUUCAAUCACUUCUUACCAGAUGGUUUCUUACACCGGUUCUAUGUUCGAAUGGCAAAAUGGUCUAUGGAGAGAAAGGAGUCUAUCAAACCAAUUUUCCACUGCAGGCAAAUGGUGUUCUAUAUUGACAAUCGUCAUAGAGUGGUGAUGACGAAUGAGAUCCAAAGUAAAGAGCGUCAUCAAAUUAAGGUUACGAUAUAUGCAGUGACCCCAGCCGGUGCACCAUCCGGGCGAACAAAAGCCAGAGUCAGCUUGAAUGAGAACAUUAUUGACCAUAUCCAUAAAACACUGGAGGAACUCAAACAGCGAUGGGCAAGACGGAUAGAAUAUUCUGUUGGAAUAUUGUGUCCGGAAUGUUCUAAAAGCGACGUUAAGGCAUUGAUACCCAUUCUAGAUAUCCUGAAAUGCCCGGAAGAUAGUGCUUCUUGUGAUGAACAAUGCUCAAUAUAUGUUGGUGAUAUCCAGAAAGCAUUUAACAAAGAUAUUGGAACAACAAUAACAACAGCAGAAUCACAAGCGGCAGGGGUGUCAACAUUAUCAGAGAUUGAUUCGGAAUCAGCUGAACAUUAUCCAAGAAGGACAUUGCCACCAUCAGCCUACCCUCAAGAGCAUGUUGGCUUUACAGAUACUGUACACCAAUUCUCUCAAACACACGGAGAAGGCAGCAGCAGUCAGAGCAGGCCUUACAAGAGACCAGCUCCGUCUACUCAGUCAAGAGUUCUACAGGAUGACCCUGAAAUUCCAAAGAAGCAAUCAAAGAAUGAUCUGGAAUCAGAUAGAAAACUUAACAAACUAUCAAAAUACCUGCCUCAUGGGACUUACACAAUGCUAUGCACAUAUCUUGGCAUCGGAUACACUGAAGCCGACAGCUUCCUAGCCAAGUUUAACAUGGACUACCAGAGAGCUACGAGGCAUUGCUUGGCACAGUGGAAGACAAGGACUGGUGGUAAUAUGGACGAGCUGGAGACAUUCCUAAAGGAUGCAGAGGUUGAAGGUUUAGUGAAGUAUAUAAAGUAAUCAUGUGAAGCUUCCAACUGUUCAAUAUCAACUCUUUGGCACCUAUUCUAGUCAAUCUUAAAGGUAAUGCAAAGUUUUGGGAAAUUUUGAAAAUUUGAUGGAUAGUAAUUCUUUAAAAUUUGAUAUAUUUGUAUGCCUAUGUGGACGUAUUAUUAUGGUCCUGGUAAAUUACAAAUAUUUUAAAUAGCGGCUAAGGCCCUUUCCAUGGCAGCUGCGUCCAUGAAAAUCUCAGAAUAUGCAGUUCUGAUAUAAUGUCCAAACAGGAAUAGCAAAUCUGUUGUA